CCACCAAGGAAGACCAUCAUACACACAUCUGGUGGUCUGUGUCUAUCUAGUGCCUCUUCGGUCUACAAACAACUCUACUCUACAAACCAACAGCAGCAGCAGCAAGCAACGCGACAACAAAUUCGUCCGCACAAUUUUUAUACAAAUUCUCGUUGUGAAACCGACUUAAAAACUCAUACAAUUACCAGAAUGAAGCUGUUUCUGGGACUAGUCUUGCUGGCAGCCACCGCCUUCGCCUACCCUCUGUCCGACAACAAGGACGAGGCACCGGCCGUUCCUCUGGUCAUCACCGAUUACUCUUCCGUUUCCAAGUCCGACGAGAUCAAACCUGAGGUGCAGCAGGAUUCCAGCCACGAGCACAUCCACCAUCAAGAUUCCGCCGAAUCCUCGGAGGAAUCUAACGAGGCCAGCUCGGAAGAAGCAUCCAAGAAACCAGAACCAGUUGCCGACGAUGCCAAGCCGCAGGAGGCCGCCGAACCUCUGAAGGAGGACGUCAAAACCGAGAAGGAACUGAAACCUGAAGAGCCGAAACUUGUGGAGCAAAUCGCCGAAGCCAAGCCGGAAGAGAAAUUGCCAGAACAACCUAAGGCCAUCGAACAACCCAAGGAAGAUGUACCAACCCAAAAGGCUCUGCCAAUCCCACCGCAAGAGGAAGCUAAACCAACUGAAGCCCCCAAAGCCGAACUCAGCACCGCCGCCGCUCCAACCACCGAAGCCCAGAAGAUCUCCGAGGCUCCAGUCACCUUGGCCGCUCAAGCAUCCGAGCAGAAACCCGUCGAAGUAAAGCCUGACGCCCCGAAACCAGAAGAGCCAGCCGCCAAAGCCGUCGAGGAGAUCAUCGCGAGCGCCGACCAGAAGGCCGAAGCCACCGUCGUCGUCGCCGAGGAGGUGAAACCACAAGAAAAGCAACUCGAAGCCGAACCGGCCAAGAAGCCAGAGGAGAAGAAAAUCGAAGAACCUCAAGCCCCGAAAGCCGAGGAAAUCAAACCAGAAACCGAGCUCCCAGAGAAGAAGGCCAAGGCCGAGGAAUUGCCCAAGGAGAACCCAGAGUUGGCCGCCCCGGCUCCAGCCCUCGAAGCAGCCCCAGUCCAAGAGCAACUGAAACUGGAAGCCGAACCGACUAAGAUCGAAGCCAAGGAAAUCAAAGUAGAGGAACCAAAAUCCGAAGAGCCAGAGGCGGCCGCCCCAGCUGCGACCCCAGUCGCUCAACCACAAGAACAGGCACCUCAGCCGGAGGAGAAGAAAUUGGAGCAACCCAAGGCAGAGGAGAAGCCCCAAGAACAGGCACCUCAACAACCACAAGCCGAAGAGAAGAAACAACCCGAGGAGGAGAAGCAACCCCAAGCGGGAGCCCCAACAGUCGCAAGCUCCUGAAGCCCCAGAAUCCUAAUUUAAACCCAUCCACAAUCCUGACAAUCCCCCCACACCCUUUAAAUCAAAACAAUCCACAAAUCCUCAAAAAAAAAAAUCGUAAUUAAGAUCAAUCAGAAGAAGAAAACACAAACCUGCGACUGAGUUUUUUAAGAAGAAGAAGACGAAGACGAAGGAAAAACUGAAGCCGAGUACCCCUUGUCCCAUUAUUCGAACGCAUCGAGGAAGAAAGCAGUAGAAGAAAAAAGAAGAAAGGAUAUAAUACUUAAACACGGCGGUUCGAGAAUAAUUUGGACGAUCGGAACUCGGACCUCUGAAUUAGUAUUUAAACUAAUUUAAUAUUAAUCAAGCCCCAUUAUUAUUAUUAUUA